AUGUCUGUUCCUUUAACCAAAGUCGACUCUGCCAUCGCUGGCUUGUCCAUAUCUGAUGAAAAGCCCAUUGCCAACGAGAAGGAGGUCAAGAAGGGCCUCAAGAAGGACCACAAGCGGACUUCCUCAACGUCAGAAGGCAUUUGGAACAUCAAGGACCUUGAAGAGCAAGGCAUCGAAAUCACCCUUCCCAUCGAAACACAAAAGACGGGAUGGAAACUCAACACCUCCCCAAACUCCAUCGAGGACAAAGAUAUCCUCAAGCUGUACCUCGUCAAUCCUCCGGUCAAGAAGAUUGACCUGCACUUCCCCCUAGGCCUAGUGGUCACCGCUCGGAAUCUCAAGGGCGUCACGAUUAAGGAUGCAUUGGAUGCCAUCUACAAACAAUUCAAGAAGAAGGCAAGUAAUCCUCUACGGCCAAACAAAGGACAUGCGGAUGACGAACUGGACAAGCCCUACCUCGCUGGCUUCGAGUGGGACAAGGAUGAGUGCUGGACACGUCUGCUUGUACACCAGAAGAAGGAAGGACAAGCACAACAGCCAAGCAAGAAGUCCAAGAAGAAGGCCAAGGAAGAGGCAUAG